AUGAUCCGCGCCGUCGAGGCCUAUCGCCACCCUCUGUACCGCUUCUCGAAUGGAUCCGACAUCAAGCCUGGCAUGAUCGCGACGACUCUCGGCUGGGGACUGCUCAAGGACAACGCCGGUUUUAGUAAUUUCCUUCAAACAGUAGACCUCGAGAUUGUGACAAAUAAGAAAUGCACCAAAAUGUACGCCGACGCCGACGACAACACCAUAGUGGACGACUCUGUGAUUUGCGCCGGCACUGGAAGCGGAAAGGGCUCGUGUGGUGGCAACGCGGGUGGCCCUCUUCUCCUAAACGACGUGGUCAUCGGUAUCAAGAGUGCUGGACCUGACAAGUGUGGCGAUUUGCCGGGUCCAUUUGCUCGCGUCUCUGAAGUUGUGGAAUUUAUGAAGGAUAUUCAGCUCGAUCUCAUCUAG